AUGGAUUAUGUGUGGCAGGCGCAGGGGUUAUGGGGCUGUACCUCCGUUCAAAUAUUAUUCACUUCAAAUCAUGAUCCUACAACCUCCGCCGACUCCCAAUCUCUGCUCGUCGAGGAGCCAGUCCCUGAGCUUUCUAUCGACCUUGCCUACCCUCCAUUAUUUGCCGAGGUAGCAGCUAGCCCUCCCCACGUCCUCGGGACUCGAUCGAUCAGAAGGCAGUCCCAGAAUCGGCCACAGCCAUCGCUGUUCGAGGAACCCUCACUCAACAUUCAGUCGCUCCUGAUGAUGGACCUCGAGUUCAUCGCUCACUUUCAUGGGGGGGGGGGG